ACACUGUAGAGGUGACUCCAGAAAAACUAACUGCCUUUGUUUUAAUUCUUCCUUAAGAGAGUUAUUUCUCAGAAACUGGACCAAAGAGUGGCUUGUUUCCUGAAACUCAUAGUUCUCUUUCUAACUAAGCAGUGAAAAUGCUCACCAACAGAUUUAAUAGUCAGCCUAACUUAUUCCCCCUAACUCUUGCCAGUUUAUUCCAUCUGCACCCAGUUGUCUCCAGCAUGGGGGAACCGAACCACUCUCCCGGGAAGGAGCUUCAGCACUGGACGCAAGCAGAGACUCCUGGAAAGAAAAGCUGGCAUUCCCAGGCCUAUGCCCUUGGGGCCAUUUCCAAUUUUAUGUCUACUUUUCUGACCUUUCCUAUUUAUAAGGUUGUAUUCCGGCAACAGAUCCAUGCUGUGGCGGUGUCAGAGGCUCUGCGACAGCUUUGGCAAGAAGGCCCCCAAUACUUCUACCGGGGAAUCUACCCGCCUCUUCUCUCCAAGACAUUGCAAGGGACUCUACUAUUUGGAACUUAUGAUAGCCUGCUGUGCUCUAUCUCCCCUGAGGGGCCACACUCUCUGGGACACCGCUGGGCUGCAGGGCUCAUGUCUGGUGUGGUGGAGGCUGUGGCACUCAGCCCCUUUGAAAGGGUGCAAAAUGUGCUCCAGGAUGGUCGCAAACAAGCUCGCUUCCCUACCACCUUCAGCAUUCUCAAGGAAUUCAACUCUUAUGGGCUUUGGGGGCGGCUAUCGCUGGGGUACUAUCGUGGUUUCUGGCCUGUCCUUCUCAGGAACAGCCUGGGGAGUGCUUUGUAUUUCUCCUUCAAGGACCCCAUCCAGGAUGGCUUGGCAAAACAAGGCCUACCUCACUGGGUCCCUGCCAUGGUGUCUGGCAGUGUCAAUGGAACAAUCACCUGCCUAGUUCUUUAUCCUCUGAUUGUACUAGUUGCCAAUAUGCAGUCCCAUAUUGGCUGGCAGAGCAUGCCCAGCCUGUGGGCCUCUGCCCAGGACAUGUGGGACACUCGGGGCCGAAAGGUGUUCCUGAUCUACCGUGGAGGAUCCCUCGUCAUCCUAAGGUCCAGUGUGACAUGGGGCCUCACUACCGCUAUCCAUGACUUCCUUCAGAGGAGGUCUCAUUCCAGGAAAGAGCUGAAAGACUGACUAGCUUCAGAAAGUGUGGCCAUGGCAACUUUGUUAUUCGAAGUCUUCUUGGGUUGGUCUAAAUAGCUUACUUCUUUGGCUUGGUUAUCUAAUACAAUCAUUCUUAGGAUAUUUGAACUGUCAGUGCACUAGAGAAGUUCCCAACCACCAACCUGUUGGGAACAGACAAAGCCUAGUAUCCUACCUUGGUCAGAAAGAGAAAGUCACUCAUGCCAGUCCACAGCUUCAACAGCCUUGGACUUAGGAGGCCUAUAAAUAACUUGUCAACCAGAUGAAAUGUCAUUUCUUUAAGGAAUUCUUUGAUAAUAAGAGGAAAGUUUAAAAGAACUUUAAUUAGGCACUGUGAGUUUUGGGACCCCUCUUGUUCUCUGGACCAAAUUGAGUGGAGGACCAGGAACUCCAAGUUCAAAGAACUAAGCUUGACUCUUACGAUGGGGAUUGCAUAGAACUUCUCAAAUGGCUAUAUUUUCAUGACAUUGUUCACUACACCUGUCACCACUACUCUCAUUUCUCACAACUAUGGGUAGCUUCAGGGUGGCAGUUGUAGCUGGGAAUUCUAAAUUAGACUUGUUUCAAUUGAUUAGGUGCCAAAAGAACUGUUGAGCUGGAAGUGGCAGUGGGGAGAGUUGUGGUUCCUGGAUAUAUAGAAAGAAUAGACUUUGAAGGAAGCAAUUUAGUUGCAUGUAAAGUAGAAAAAAAUUACCAUAUAUUGCUUGGAAUUAUCUGCGGGGACAUUUUUGUUAGCAAAGCAAUGGCAUUGCCUAGAAACCACUUUAGUUUCCCUAAGAAAUCAUCACAGAUCAUUGCAUAUUUUAUUGCUGUCGAUAUAGUCACUGUGACAUAAAUUAAAGAUCAGAAAUCUUAGCCUGUAGUUCAGAGCCAUUCAAAGUAUAGUACUCAUAACUUUUAGCAUUUCAUCACACCACUCUCACUUACAUAGAUUUCAUAUACCAGCCAAACUGGACUAUUGUUUUCUCCCCCCAAAUGCCCCAAACUUUACCAUGGCCAUACUUUGGCCCACACUUAUUCUCUUCACCUCCAGUGUCCCUUCUCCACAUGCCAGUCUGCCAAAAUCCUUCCAGACCUCAAAGUCCAGCUUAGAGGCCACCUUCUCUGUGGCACCUCUCCUGAUUACGCACAACUGAAUGUGAUGGUAGUCUCUUGUGAUAACUUAAUAUAUGGCGCUGAUUCCAUUAUGUUACUAAUGUCAUGUGGCCCUGUGUUCUUGGUGUUCUUCAAUACCUCCUACUAGACUGUAAAACUCCUAGAAGGCAGGGAUUCUUGUACACAUGUUUAAAUCUUCUAUUGUGCCUAGGUGCUCAAUAAUGGUUGAAUUAUUGAAUUGAUUAUCAAACUGUGAUAUGGUCUUUAUCCUCAGGGAGCUGUCUCUUGUACGUGAAGAUAAUGUCACCAACUCACCCUCAGCAAGAGACAUACUUUUGGGGUGUGAUUUUGUUUUCUCUUACAGUGGGGCCUUGACUUACAAGUUUAAUUCGU